GAGGCCCAAUCAGCCCACACUAACAAUUGAAUAAACAAUAACGAGGAUAUCAUGUGAGACGCUACAGCUACUGCUGCUAAUAAUUAUCUGCUUCGAGAUGAGCACAACCCACCUCCGAAUCACAUUUUCUUACAUCAUCAACUUUCAAUCUCCUUGAAAGGAGGCAAGCAUGGCGUCUCAGCCCACGGCGCCUCCUAAUCCAAGUGACGAUAAACCCCAAAACUCAGUUUCAGAGUCUGUUCAAUCAGCCAAUGAAGUUCAGCAAGAUGCCAAGGCUGAGGCUACUAAGCCCAAUGUUGCAACAUCUGUGUUUGUGAACUCAGAACCAAUGCGAGAAGAGCAAGUACAGAAUGCUGUGAAAUUCCUUUCCCAUCCAAAAGUUAGGGGUUCUCCAGUCAUGUAUAGACGAUCUUUUCUUGAGAGGAAGGGGCUUACAAAGGAAGAGAUUGAUGAAGCUUUUCGUCGUGUUCCUGACCCGCCUCCAAGUGCACAGACAGCUACUAUGAAUCAAGAUGGGCAAGCAAAGACAUCAUCAAACACACAGUCACAAGCCCCAGCACAAACUCUGCAGCCUGUGGCAGCAGUUCCAAAUACUGUUGCUCCAUCAGUGGGGACCUUGACAAAGUCCAGAUUUCACUGGUAUCAUGCAGUUAUUGCUGUAGGAGUGCUUGCAGCAUCAGGUGCUGGAACAGCUGUUCUACUUAAGAAGGCUAUUAUCCCUAGGUUGAAGUCCUGGAUACGUAGAGUUGUCCAGGAAGAGGAAAAUGACCUUGUAAAGAAAGCUAAUGCAAAACCAAGUUUGGCAGAAGAGGCAGCUGCGGCUGCAAAAGCUGCAGCGGCAGCUGCUGCUGAUGUGGCAAAAGCCAGCCAAGAGAUGUUAAAUUCAAAGACAGAAGAGAGGAGAUACUUCGGGGAACUUAUGAGUCUGUUAGAUGUGCAAGUACAGGAAAUGAAGUCAAUGAGUAAUGCUAUCCGCAAAUUGGAAGGACAAACCAAUAACUCAGGCAGUACUUAUGUUGCCGACCAAGAAGAUUAUAGAGUAUCAGUCACAAAUUCAAAGCAACCAUAUGCAAAUGGAAAAACAGAAUUUGACUCCCAUCCAGCAAGAUCCUCCUCUCUGCCUUCUUCUGGGGAGCCCUCUAUCGCCCCUCAUCCCAAGUCAUACAUGGAGAUAAUGCAAAUGAUCCAGAGAGGGGAGAGACCAUCCAACAUCAGGGAAAUCAAUGAUUUACCCCCAAAUCCUAACCAGCAGCCAUCAAAUCCUCGCUUAGUACCAAGAGCAAAGCCUUGGGAGGCUGCAAACAGCUCGAAUCAAGUAACUCAAUCUCAACCGAACGGUGAAGGCUUGAACUCCAAGGUGAUAGACAAUGGGGUGAUGUAUCAGUUUGAUGGAGACAAUUCAGUUCCUUGGUGGCAGCAGAAAAAUCCUAGAAUUACAGAGAUUGAGAACGAAGAUGAAUUGAAGGGUGGAUCUUAUGGUGAUCAAACCUAUCAACGGCCAAUCCCGCGCACAUGGGUUCCUCCGCAGCCACCUCCCGUUGCAAUGCCUGAAGCAGUUGAAGCCAUAAGACGACCAAAAACAUCAAUUUUGAAGGAACAAGGUGCUGAGAAUCAAUCAGCACCUCCUCUUAAUGAACCAACUCAGGAGUUGCAGAAGAUUACAGAAGUAUCCAAGUCAGGAGGUGCAUUGGAGAUUAAAGGUGAUGACUUGAGCAUGCAGACUGCACAAACCACUGAGAUACAAGAAGAGACACCAACCAAUUAGGAAAGGAAACGGCGAAGGAUUCAAUUAGUACAAUCUGUUUGAUCCAAGGUAUAUGGAGUAAUAAGAAUAAACUUAAUGAAACAGUUUACCUUAUCCUCCAACUCUGUUAAAAAUAAUUCAUUUAUGAAAGGAAUAAAUUCAUGAAUUGAUACUGCA